CUGUCGAUUCCCGCAAAACGCGUACUGCGCAGUUGCGCUCCGGCACAGCCGGGUCUUUGUCCCCAGGAAGUGGCGGUAGCUGUGGCGACUUGGAACAAGGAGCGAGGUCGGGCAGUGGGGAAGCUCCGCCCUUUCCCCAUAUUUGGGGUUGCGGUAGUUGUGGAUCGGGCCCGGGGCAGCUAGCGUGCUUGCGCUUCCCUUUCCGUUGGGCAUCUAUACCUGUCGUAGGGAGGGUGCAGCUUAUUCCUCUGGAUCUCUGUACGUGAGACUGUGUAGGAUCUAGGCGAUCGUCUCUUCCCGGCCAGGGCUGCUGUGCCUUUAGUAACUCAGCAUGGCACGCAGAAUCUUAGCGGGUGGGUCUUCCUGGAGACGAAAUGCUGGGGAGAAUUUUACCUGCUGAAUUUCUGCGGCCUGAGGCAACUAUCUGUUAAAGCCGGAGGAAUCCUUCCAGGGGGAAAAAAAGGAGGCUGGCAGUUCCUAUGUCUGGGUCUACAAAGGGCGAUUUUUGGUUCUUUGCACACUAAACAAGCAGUAUGCAGGUGUCAGAGCGUGAAAGUGGGACCUCCACAGGGAAUGGACUGGAUAGCCCAACAACAUCUGAUUCCCAGCCUGUUCCCCCCUCAUCUCCCAAGCCCCCUUCAUUGGACCUCUUCAAUUUAGUGGUGUCGUACAAACGGCUUGAGCUGUACCUGGAGCCACUGCAGGAUAUUGUUGAAGGAGUGUGGUUCCUCCUCAGUUGGCAGAUGCCUGUCUGCUCCCUUCUUACCUGCCUGGGCCUCAACUUUCUGCUGCUGACUUUGAGUGAAGCUGCCUGGUAUGGGCUGUGUGCCCUCCUGAUCUCAGUGCCUGCCAUGCUGGGCUACCUACAGGAGACAUGCCGUGUCCGUCUGACUGAGGAAGAACUGGCACGUCGUAGGUACCACAGUGUGCGUCGUGAGGAUGUCAGAAAAGUUCAGCUUUCACGGCAAGAGGCUGUGGCUGAAGUGAAGGGCUUCCUGAUCCAGUUGGAGGCCUUCCUGAGCCGGCUAUGUGGUGGCUGUGAAGCAGUCUACCGCGUCCUAUACUGGGAGAACCCCUCUCUGUCCUCCCAGUUUUAUGGGAUGCUGAUGGGUUCAGUUUGUGCCCUCUACCUGCUGCCCUUAUGCUGGGUCUUCUUUCUUCUCAAUAAUGCCCUUUUCUUGGGCAACAUGGCAUUUUUCCGAGUGGUACUGGAGCUGAAGUCAGCUGUAGAACAACGCCUGGGCCUCACAUCUGUUUCUAGUAGUCCUGAGCUUGCUGAGUUGGAUGCAGGAGAAGGUGGUACUGGAGUCCUGCCAGACCAGACACCCACACCCACCAGCACAGAGGAUCUGACCCCUGGCAGUGUGGAGGAAGCAGAGGAGGCGGAGCCUGAUGAUGAGUUCAAGGAUGCUAUUGAGGAGGAGGAGGAUGUCUCCCAGCGCUUAAUCGAGUAUGAGCCAGGCCAUUCUGUUAGCACCUUCUUGACAAAGGAUGAGGUGAUUCGUGUAAAGGUGUCACGACUGGCGGAGCGUCUACGCAAGCGCUACCCAACAAGUAACCUUGGCACUGGACUGGGAGCAAACUGCACCAACUGUUCAGCCACCUUCUCUCUGCUAAAGAAGCGGCGAAACUGCAGUAACUGUGGGAACAGUUUCUGCAGCAGAUGUUGCUCCUUCAGAGUCCCCAAGAGCUGUAUGGGGGCUACAGCACCUGAUGCCCAGCGGGAAACUGUCUUUGUUUGCGGACACUGUAACCUAAUACUCAUCAAGUGAGAAACUGGUUCUGAGUCCUGUUCUCUGCUGGAUCCGCUCUGCACCUUCGCCUGUACAUGCUGAUCCUUGUGGGACCGAAGCCAUGACCUUAUGCGCUCGUGCGGCUCCUCCCUGGAACUGUGAUAGGAUGGGCUGGCACGCCUGACCUCCUGCAUACCCUGGAUGCACCUCUCCCCUGUGACUGGCGAGUGAGCAGUUGGGGAGGGGUCCUGCAAUCAGGCAGAACUGGACAGGAGGUUCCUUAUGUGUUAGAUUACUGUAAGCUUCCCCUUUGCUACUAGCCUAGGAGGAAAAAAGAGGUGGUCCUUUGCCUUUCUGAAGCGGACUUCCUCCACCCCCCCUCCCCCAAAAUCCCUGUUGCUUUUACAGGAGCUCUGCUGUCUCCUUUUUGCAGGAAUCUUCCUGGCUUCUGUACUGCCAGGGAUCCAGAAAAGUCUGUUUCACUGUUGGGUGAAAUACCAGUUGUUCUGAGUCUGAGACUGGUGCUUCCCUUGGAUGGUAGCUAUGGCUGGCUCUGCUGUGUAAAGAAGUUUGGCCUCUCCCCCCCACUUUGUCCCCUUGCAGCUGAGAACAUUGUGCAGCUGGAUCUGCUUUCUCUUUCUGCAUCAAACAGAGACAGUAGCCCUCUUCCCUUCCCCUGUUCCCCAUGCUAUUGUCUUUGCUCAUCCUAGGUAGCGUGUAGUCAAAGCUUCUCAGUCUGGCCUGAAGGGAAAUUAGACAUUAUGCUCCUUCAUUUGUGCACUGUGAGAGCAGACACUUCUGCAGAUAUCUGGGAUGCUCAUUAAUCACAAAACUCAGGUGUAUGGGGUACCUGCUUCUGUAGGGGCUGGAUCACAGAAGUGGGGAGUAUAUGAAUUGUUGCUGCUUUCUAGGCUCUGUUAUCAAUAAAUAAUGUUAUUAGAGACUGGAGCUGGCACUCCCAGUGUCUGAAAGAGGUUUUGAUAUGAGGUGGCCUAAGUAUGUGUCAGAGUUUGGUAUGAAGGGCCUUUGAAUGUAGUCGUGAGACAGGGGUCACAAAACCCAGGUUUGCAGAUUUAGGGAAGGAGAGGAGGUUGGCACACAAAAGAUACCAAACUGGGAGAGUAGAAAUGCAGUGAUUGGACUGCCCUGUGAGAUGCAGUGCAAUACAGGAGAGAGUGGCAAAGGUAUAGAAGUUUGUGGAGAGGACAGCCCUCUUACAGCUUGCAGCUUCCUGUGCAGCAUGCGCCAGUGCUGCAGAGUGACUCACGGUGGGUGUGAGGGUGCUAUCCUGGGAGUGAAUGCUGAUGUAUUUCUCAUCCCCUUUUCUGGGAGAGUGCAUCCAGGAAUGCAAGUGUUAUAUAAUAGUGUGUUAUAGUCAUAAAAAUCUGACUGGAAAUAGAUUUAGGAAAGGCUGCAAGAAACACUACUUCACAAUAUUUAACUUAUGAUAUGGAGUUAAUUUUUCACUGGCAUUAGUGGUGGCUUUAAAAAGGAUUAGGCAAAUUUUGGGAGGAUAAUUAUAUCUAUAGCUUGGAUUCAGUGCAGAAUUUCAGCUUGCACUAGAGCUCUGUGUCUCAUUCUAUUGAUUGCAUUGGCUUCCACUGUGUAAUCUUCCAUGAGUUUCCGUGAGAAAGGUGGGCCUUAAAUAAAAUAAGAAAAAUAUCUCAGUAGCUACUGAGUCAUGCUUGUGGUAUCCUCACUUGAGUUUCUGAUUGCACAGGGUCUUGUACAAUCAAUUUCUGGUUACUGUAAUACAUACUGAGAAAAACUCUAGGUGUUGCACAAGGUCUUGUGCAAGCAGAACUGCUCUAAGUCUGUUUCAUCUUGUGCAUUGCUGGAUCAAAGCCAAGGUCUGUUGGGGUUGCUUAGUAAAUUAGACCACCAUUUUAAGAAGGAUAACUCUUUGUCUGUUGGGUUUAGUCAAUAGGUAGAUUCUGCUGUGUAUUAGAAGCAUCUGUUUGGCCAUUGCUGGAGAGCAGAUGCUAGACUACACCAACUCUCUUGCCAUUCUGAAGUACAAAAAGACUGUAUCAAAAAACCUCACAAUACAUUCUAACCCUAUUAGAAUGAAAGAUAGAGUGUUAGGUGUCAGAACUCAUAGGAUUUUUAAAAAUUUUAUGUGUUGCACCUUCGGUAAUAGCUCUGUACUCUAAACUCAUAAAAGUGUAAUAAUA